UCCUCCUUGGCGGUAAGUGUGUUAGGUUAACAGGGAAAGUACAGUUGGAGACGUUCUUGUAAAUAAAUGUUAAUAUAAGUGCUUGUGUUGCACGAAACGUUUUUAAACGAGAAUGAGCGCCGAUAUAACGGGAUUGCAAACCACGUCGCGACUGUUCUGUGUGUAAAGUUAUGCUCUUUGAAGCAAAAGCGUAGCUGCUCCUGCUUAUGGCUGGUGUGUGUCCGUGGGAUCGCCGCUUCUGUGUGAAAUGUCACAGAGCAACUCAGAAAGUGACAUCUGGGAAUACAAAUCUCUUAAGAAGACCAAAAAGCAAGAUAGGUCGAAUUCCAGUGAACAUGCCGCUAAGAGACAGAGGGUGGUCAAGCAAGGGGCGUCAAAGAAAAACUCAGAUCAAAACAUUAAGGAGAAUAGAGUCAGUAAUAACAAACGGUCUAAUGUGGAGUCCAAGGCAAGAACCAGAUCCACCACCAGAAAUCAGCUGCCUAGCCAAUCUGGCCAAGCGGUCAGUGUAAAUGGAUCACUGACCAGCUCAUCUCAUCCAGCCUCAUCUGUGUCACACGACAUACAUGAUGAUAUCUCUCAUGAGAGUGAUGCACAGAGGGAAACGGGCUCUGAAACUGGGGCAUAUUGUCCUGUCUGUCAGAUGCCAUUUUCUGUCUUGGUGGUGCAGUCUCAACGAUGGCAUGUUGCUGAAUGUUUGGAAACCCCUGGAGAAACCAGUAAAGAAUGCCCAGAUGGUCUCCAGUGUUCUUCAUCCAUCCCAAAUCACUACAAGAGGUACAGCCAUUCUCUUUUAGCUCACUGUCGAGCAGUAAACAGCACAGACACGUCAGCUUCAGCACUAGGCGCCACAGCCCCACAUCUGGAGCAGAUGUUGGUUAAAAGUGAGGACACCAUCUCCAGUAAAGACAGCUCUGUGGACAGUGCAUUGAAUCUGUCCUCUGUGUCCAGCCACAGUGCCUCUCCCGGUCAUGGGUCCAGAGGACCUCACACACCUGUUCGCCCUAAUGCCUUAUUGCUCUUGAGAUCACCAGCCCCUGAGGACAUUAAGAAAAAGAAAGGCUGGUCUCCCUCUACCAAAGGAUCUAGAGCUCAAACUUCAUCUCAGGAAGCUAAAAUUACGGUUUCUACUCCAAUUAAAGCAGAAAGCAGCUGCCAUGCUGUUAAAACGGUUGAAAUUAAAGAGGAGCCCUCUGCUUUGAAUGACGAUGAUUAUAUCUCCUAUUCUCCCCUUUCUGAGCUCCCUGCUGAAAUGAAUUUGACCCAAACUAAGAAAAAACUGUUUCACAGCACUGCCCUAGAUGAAAUAGAUGAGGAAGAGGAUGAGAAUGAUUCACUAAUGCUGUUUGAUGAUACUGUGAGUGAUGAUGACCUGCUCUCUGAUAUCUUGGACCAAUAUGAGAUAGAGAAAACCCAAAGCCAAGGAGGUUUGCUUGUUAUGGAGUCUCCAUACACCUGUGACCAAUUAGAUUCCUUAGAACCACAUGAACAUUUGACAAGUUCCAGCUCUGCAGGUGCUGCUGAUGGACCAAAUCAGUUCAGUUCUCCUGUUAGGCACUCAAAAGAUGAACAUUUGGUGAUAGACUGUGAAGGUAGCAGUGACAAGCCUCAGUUGCAGUCUAAUGGAAGUUUAGUACUGGAACGCCUUCGUGAGCGCAUAUCUAACCCUGCAGAUUCAAACAGUCUUGGCUUUACUUCUGCAGACAUUAACUCUGUUUCUGUGAAACAAGAAAUAUCUUCCACUCAAGCAGCCAUGUCUGCCACCCAGAACAAAUCUGUCCCUGUUACUCCCAGGAAAGCCCAGACCAAGGCCUCUGGGUUAAAGCAAACUGAUAUUGGAGUGUUCUUUGGACUGAAGCCAUUGAGUAAGAAGGCUGAAGCAGAAGUUAAUGCAACAAAGGAAGAGGGCCUUCAGGUGAGAUCUACUCUUGCAAAGAGAUCAACAACUGCAGGGGAAAAUGCUAAGCGACAGGGAAGGCAGCGCAGGAAGAAUACUGCAAUGUCUGAGGAGUCCACAGUGACAGAGGCAGCAGAAGAAGGAGCUGCUCAGCCCACGCAAACAGAAGGAGGCAGAGGAGUGAGGGCAGGGGGGAGGAAGAGGUGGAACAGAGGAAGAGCGACAGAUGGAGGACCAGUGGAGCCCAAGCGAUGCCCGUUCUACAAGAAAAUCCCUGGAACUGGCUUUGCUGUGGACGCUUUUCAGUAUGGGACUGUCGAGGGAAUCACAGCCUAUUUUCUCACACACUUCCACUCUGAUCACUAUGGAGGACUAAACAAAAAGUCCACUCUUCCUGUCUACUGCAAUAAAAUAACUGGGAACCUGGUGAAGAGUAAGCUGAAAGUAGAUGAGCAGUAUGUCCAUGUUCUUCCAAUGAACACAGAGUGUAUGGUGGAUGGUAUGAAGGUCAUCCUAUUGGAUUCCAAUCACUGCCCAGGUGCAGCCAUGUUGCUGUUCCUGCUGCCAGAUGGCCAGACCGUGCUCCACACUGGUGACUUCCGGGCUGAUCCAUCCAUGGAGCGCUACCCAGAGCUGCAGGGCUUAAGGAUUCAGACGCUGUAUCUUGACACCACAUACUGCAGUCCAGAAUAUACAUUUCCCACUCAGCAGGAGGUGAUAACCUUUGCUGCUAACACAGCCUUUGAGCUGGUCACACUCAACCCUCGCACACUGGUGGUGUGUGGCACUUAUGCUGUGGGGAAAGAGAAGGUUUUCUUGGCCGUAUCUCAGGUGCUGGGUUCAAAGGUGUAUAUGUCCAGGGAUAGGUAUAACACCAUGUGCUGUCUGGAGUUAGAGCAGAUCCAUCAGUGUUUCACCACAGACUCAAAGGCAGCUCGGGUUCAUGUUCUCCCCAUGAUGCAACUCAAUUUCAAGAAUUUAAAAACACACUUGAAUAAGUUUUCGGAAUCAUAUGACCAACUGGUGGCUUUCAAGCCGACUGGCUGGACCUUCACUCAGUCAGGCGAUGUGAAUAACAUACAGCCUGAAGUCAAAGACGACAUCAGUAUUUAUGGUAUUCCAUACAGUGAGCACAGCAGCUACCUGGAGCUGAAGCGCUUUGUGCAGUGGCUGCAGCCACUGAAGAUCAUUCCUACAGUGAAUGUAGGCAGCUGGAGCAGCAGGAAGGCCAUGGAGAAGUACUUCAGAGAGUGGCAAGCUGAGGUUAAAGCCCUUAACACCGUGCCAAGGAACAGCUGCAGUAGGUCUUAUACAAGGCAAUAAUGAUGGACCACCUCACAUCGGAUGUCAGAUGGUGAAUUUAAGACUUGAGUGCAAGGACAGUUACUCUUACCUGCUUAUGUUUUAGAGCUGUGGUUCCCAGCUCUGGUCCUGGAGUACACCCUGCCCUGUGUAUUUUAGUGGUUUCUCUGCUCCCAGCAAGCUCAUCACUAAGCCCUUCAUGACUUCAAGUGGAUAUGUUGGGAACUAGGAAAACACUAAAAUGUGCAGGGCAGGGGAUACUCCAGGACCAGGGUUGGGAACCUGUGUUCCAGAGGACCUUUCCCCUCAUUUAGAAAGAUGCAGAGGAAGUUAUGGAACCACAUUUGUAUGACUUAUGCUGGUUUUUAAUUGUGGUCUUUGCAGCAGUUCACAUGGUUAAUAUGUUAAUGACAUUUCUUAAUGGAUGCUAACUUCAGUGUUUACUUUCAUUCUGCUCACUUCAGAAUGAAUAGCGAGCAGUCAAGAGAUUGAAAGAAUUAUAUUAAAAAGAAUUGUGUUAGUCUGAUGUGAUAUGUAGUUUUCAUAGAUAUGUUGUGUUAUCCUAAUGAAUCUCAUCCCAUUACACUAAUGUCUUUGUUUAUAAUUUGUUUUUUAAAUGUACAAAAUAUUUAACUGGAAUAAAUC